UGGACCCCCUGAAAAAUGGCAAAACCCACACUAGAUUUGAUCCAAAACCCACAAAAAUUCCGCAAUUCCAAGGAACGCAAACGAAGGGCAAAGGGAAUGUCGUUCUUGGCGUUCGUCUUCUCGGUCUUCUUCUACAUCUCUAUCUUCUACAUCUUCAACCUGUCCCCAUCCCAGAACUUCAAGAACAGCAAGUUCUGGUUCUUCAUCUCCAACACCCUCAUCCUCAUCAUCGCGGCGGACUAUGGAUCUUUCUCCUCAUCGGGCAAGGGGAGGCGCGACCUCCUCUACGAGGAGUACCUUGCGCGCACUAGCCUAGUGAAGGACAAUAGUGGCGGCAGGUUUAUUCCCGCGGUUCCGCAUGACCCGGAAACCAUCCAGGAAAAUGUCUCCGUGGUAGAAGAAGAGAAGCGCGUCGUCUCGGAGGAAACACGAGCAGCAGCGGACGAGAGGGAGCCGGAAAAAGAGCCCUGCUUGAAGGAGAGCCAGGAGGAGGAAGAAGAAGAAGAGGAGGAAGAAGAGGUGGCGAAGAAUGGUCCUCAAGAUGAUGAAGCUGAGAAGCAAGUGGAAGUUAAUGGCGAAGCGGCGAGCGAGACCGAGAAAGCUAGCGAGGGGACGAUUGCUGAAGAGAACGAUGAGUUCUCGAGGAUGUCGGAUGAGGAGUUGAACAGGAGGGUUGAGGAGUUCAUUUGGAAACUCAAGAGGCAGAUUCAGCUUCAAGAGGUUAAAGAAGAGGGAAUUUUUGAAAAAGAAGAAGGGAAAGAAGUUUGAACCCUUUAAGGUAGC